AUCCGAAGUACUUAUGAUGGAAAGUUGCUGCUGAUUCAUUCUCUUGUUUUGGAAUCGUGACAUUGGGGCGACACCGUUUGUCAGCUUAAACUGAUCAGUAUUUGUCCCCACCCUACCCCACCCAGGCCAGUAGAGAGUAGAACGAUGAAUCUUCUUGGGGGCUCUCUGUCUGGCUCACCUUCCCCCGUCUCGUGCUCCUCUACCCAGCUGCGCAGCCUCGCGCAAGUCCUGCUCUCCGGCCUCACAGGCAGCCGCCUUCGCCGCCUUCUCCCGGCUGCCCACGCUCGCGCCAUCAUCUCGGAUGGCCUUGGCUUCUUGUACCUCGCGAAUCUUCUCCUCCACGGUUAUUCCAAGCUCGGCCGCAUCCAAGAUGCGCGCCGCCUGUUCGACGGAAUGCCGCACCGGAACCUCGUGUCCUGGUCCUCAGCCAUCUCCAUGUACGCGCAGCAUGGCGCCGACAGCCAAGCCCUUGCCCUGUUUGCAGCGUUCAGGAGAUCGUCUGAUGAGGCACCCAACGAGUUCUUGCUUGCUAGCGUCAUGCGGGCCUGCAUGCAGUCCAGGGCUGUUCCUUUUGGUGAGCAAGUGCAUGGCAACGCCGUCAAGCUUGGCCUGGAUGUUAAUCUCUAUGUUGGCACUGCACUCAUCAACCUAUAUGCGAAGGUUGCCUGCAUGGAUGCGGCCAUGCGGGUGUUCCAUGCUCUCCCUGCAAAGAAUCCGGUUACUUGGACAGCAGUCAUCACCGGUUACUCGCGGAUUGGCCACGGCGGAGUAGCCCUGGACUUGUUUCAAAAGAUGGGGGCUCAAGAUGUCCAGCCUGACAGGUUUGUGUUAGCAAGUGCUGUCAGUGCCUGCUCUACGCUUGCCUUUCUACAGGGAGGCAGGCAAAUACAUGGCUAUGCUUAUCGAAGUGCAGCAGGCGUGGAUGCUUCCGUGAUCAACGCGCUCAUAGAUUUGUAUUGCAAGUGCUCCAGACCGUUAGUGGCUCGUAAGCUAUUUGAUCAAAUGAAGAACCAUAAUCUUGUGUCUUGGACUACAAUGAUUGCUGGUUAUAUGCAGAAUUCACUUGAUACUGAAGCCUUAGAAAUGUUCUGGCAGAUGUGUCAGGCUGGAUGGCAGCCAGAUGCUUUUGCCUGUACAAGUAUCUUGAACUCGUGUGGCUCAAUGGAAGCUAUAUCACAAGGAACACAGAUACAUGCCCAUGCCAUAAAGGCUAAUCUGGAGAAUGAUGAGUAUGUCAAGAAUGCUCUCAUUGAUAUGUAUGCUAAAUGUGACCAUUUAGCGGCUGCAAGAGUGGCAUUUGAUGCCUUGGCGCAUGAUGAUGUAGUCUCUUACAAUGCAAUGAUUGAAGGCUAUGCAAGGCAAGGUGAUCUUACAGAAGCAGUUCAUAUAUUCCGUAAAAUGAGAUAUGUCUCCCUAAGGCCAAACCUACUAACCUUUGUUUCUCUCCUUGGGAUGUCAUCACUUGUGUCAUCUUUUGAAUGGAGUAAGCAGAUUCAUGGUCUCAUCAUCAAAUCAGGAACUUCAGUAGACCUAUAUGUGGGAAGUGCUCUAAUCGAUGCCUAUUCAAAAUCUUCCCUUGUGGAUGAUGCCAAGGCUGUGUUUCUUACGAUGCAAAACAGGGACAUGGCCAUCUGGAAUGCUAUGAUAUUUGGCCACACACAGAAUGAGCAAGGGGAAGAGGCGGUAAAACUCUUCAACCAGCUCCGUGUCUCUAGGAUGACACCCAAUGAGUUCACAUUUGUAGCACUAGUAACUGUGGCAAGCAACUUGGCAAGCAUGUUCCAUGGGCAGCAGUUCCAUGCCCAGAUCAUCAAAGCAGGUGGUGAGACUAAUCCUCAUGUUUCAAAUGCUCUUAUAGACAUGUAUGCAAAAUGUGGCUGCAUUAAAGAAGGAUGGAUGUUGUUUGAGUCAACAUGUGGGAAGGAUGUUAUUUGUUGGAACUCCAUGAUUACUACGAAUGCACAACAUGGUCAUGCUGAAGAAGCACUUCAUGCUUUCCAGCUGAUGAGAGAGGCCAAAGUAGAACCAAACUAUGUGACUUUUGUUGGUGUGCUAUCAGCGUGUGCUCAUGCAGGUCUUGUGGAUGAAGGCUUACACCAUUUUAACUCCAUGAAAUCAAAAUACGGUAUUGAACCGGGCACGGAGCAUUAUGCUUCAGUGGUCAAUCUUCUUGGUCGUUCAGGGAGAUUACAUUCUGCUCAGGAGUUUAUUGAAAAGAUGCCAAUCAAACCAGCGGCAGCUGUUUGGAGGAGCUUGCUGAGUGCCUGCCGUCUCUUUGGUAAUGUUGAAAUUGGGAGGUAUGCUGCUGAAAUGGCACUCUUGGAAGAUCCGUCAGACAGUGGCCCUUAUGUAUUACUGUCAAAUAUUUAUGCCUCCAAAGGGCUAUGGGCGGAUGUGCAGCAGCUAAGACUGAGGAUGGAUUAUGCUGGGGCGGUGAAGGAGCCAGGUUAUAGUUGGAUUGAGGUGAUGAAGGAGGUUCAUACAUUUAUUGCAAGAGGGACAGAACACCCACAGGCAGAAUUGAUAUAUGCAGUAUUGGAUGAACUGAUGGGUCUACUAAAAGAUUUUGGCUAUCACCCUGAUACCUCUGAACUUGCAUUGCUUGGUGAGACUGCGAGCUGGAGCACCCUGGGUUGGCAAAACUGAUCGCAGCACAUGCACGCCCUCCUAAUUACUUGAUGUUCUUUGACUUCUUCGAGCCUCCAAACCUCGCAGAAAAGAUACAUGUUGAGGAAU